UGCUUUCGUGCAAGCAUAAUCAUAUGGCAGUGCUAAAAUUUGACACCAAACAACAAAUACAUUGAACAAAACAAAUUUUUAAUUUGAUAUGUAUAUGGAUUUGGAUAAAGUUUUAAACUCUGCCAACACCUGCGUCAAUUGUGGCAAACAAUUUAUCAAACCUCAACAUCUGAUUCGUCACCAAGUCGUGCAUACCAAGCAGAAGCCUUUUCCAUGCCCUAACUGCACGAGUAAGUUUUCACAAAAGAGCUCUCUGCAGAGACAUCAACACCUCAAACAUGCUGGCCGUGCAUUAGUACCAACAACUGAUAACGCCUUCUCGGAAAGAACCAACGAAGAGAAUGCAGUACAUGAGGUGGCGCAACAUGCGCUUGCCGCCCUAAAACAGCUGCAAAGUGGCAUGAAAAUUUUAGCCACAAAUGAUGACAUAGCACAGUCAGAGAUUCCUCCACCAAAAAUACAAGAAACACUUGAAGAGAGCCGCCUGUGUCAAUUUGUACAGCUUAAGGACAAGUUGAAUCCUACUGGCAAAAUUGAAUUCAUAACUGCGCAAAAAAUCCGACGAGGACCAAACAUUUUUUAUUAUGUUUGUGAAUUUUGCAGCAAGGACUUUGCCAAGAGUUAUGAUCUCAUAAGACACAGGCGCACACAUACCAAAGAGAGACCCUACACAUGUAUGUGUUUUAAACUUUUUUCAACGCAAGCCAAGCUAAACGAACACAAAAAGCGCCUGCAUUUAGCUUCUAAGCAAAACGCCUGCCACCUUUGUAUCGCUAGUUACAGCCGAAAACAAGAUCUGUACAUCCAUUUAAGGGAACAGCAUAACGCUUCUGUCCAAGCAGCAUACAACGAGCACAGGAAAGUGAAACCUGACAGUGAGCUUUCCGGCCUUAUUCACUUGCUCCCUCAACCCCAACCCAUGAAGCAAUUGAACAUAUUGGGAAGGCGCUACAAGUGCGUCUAUUGUGCAAAGCACUUCACACGCAAAUUUAAUUGUCGCUCUCACAUGAUAACACAUCUGCGACAUUUGCUCGACGGCGAGCCAACGACGAAUGCACAUGGCAAUAAAAGCUCGGGGGUGCUGUCAAGAAAAACUUGCGAGUACUGUGGUAAAACCUUUCAAAAACCAAGUGAUCUCACUAGACACUUGCGCAUCCAUAAAGGAUUAAAAGCACACUCUUGCAGCGUGUGCCAAAAACGCUUCACAUUAAAAUCAACGCUGACCGCUCAUAUGCAAACGCAUCAGAGUCAGCGCCCAGUUGUGAACUGUCAGGUAUGUGGAAAAUCGUACUCUUCUAAUACAGCUUUGCAACUGCACCUCCGACUACACACUGGCGCUCGUCCCUUUAAAUGCGAAGUGUGCCAUCAAACAUUCCGCACAUCGGGUCAUCAUAUCGAACAUAUGCGAGCCGCACGACACAAAAGUAAAGUCGGAAUACUGAACUAAUAAAACAAUUUUUAAAUUGCUCCAUUUAAUGUACAUUGCAAUGAUCAAUACAAAUUAUAUAAACUAGGUUAUAAUACAUUAACAUAUAGUCUUCAGCUUCA